UUUGGCUGUUUUGAACACCGGCAGAGAAUUACCCAGGGAGAUAUCCCUAAGACUGAGUCCCUCCAGGAGCCGACCCGCCGUCUUGGUCUGCAGCAGCUCCUCGAACUCUACCUUGAUCUUUUUGAUAGAAUAACCUCUGAGCCCGUGGAGGACACAGAUACCAGCAGCUUUAUGGCAGAAAUUUCUUUGGAGGCCAACUAUCCGGUCCAAGUGACAGAUCCUCAUGAUGCAGUGACACUCCAUCUGAGUUCAAUGCCCCCUGGAUACCUGACUCCUUCCUCAGACCGAAUAAGGCAGCCAGUGGAAGAUGUGGAAGAAUGCAUAUGCACUACAUCCAUUUCUCCAGACUUCCCCAAAGAGCUGCAGUUCCUCAACAGCUCCUGUGAAAAGUGUUACUACCCAGCGCCUCCUCCCAAGAUCAGUGACCUUAUGAACGACAAAGAUCUUCUGGAUUUACUUCGACUCAAACUGGACCCAAAUCACUGCACCAUCAAGAACUGGAAGAACUUUGCCAGUCGCUGGGGAAUGAGCUAUGAUGAACUGACCAUGCUGGAGCACCGGACCCAGGGCUCCUUGUCGCACAGCCCUACCCAGGAGUUCUUACUGCGCUACAACCAGAAGACGGUCACUGAGCUCACCGAACUUUGCCGGAUUUAUCAGCGCAUUGAUGUGUUACGACUGCUGCAAAGCUGGAUAGAAAAGGACUGGCCUUCACGCUGGCAACAGACUCAUUAACUAGCAGUGUGCACAGUUUAACUCUAGGAAUUGUAUAUAUAGAUACAUAUAUAUAUAUAUAUAAAUAUAUUUCUCCUUUCUCUGUUUUUUCUCUCUGUCAUGGUGGUAAAUACUAGGGGUCUUUAUCCUUCAUAAGCAUUUCUGAAUUUGAUAAAAUUGUUUAAUUAGGCCUGGUAUUAGAAUUACUGACAAGUGCAAAGCAAGAUUAGCAUUACUGGGUGCCUUAAUUGGUAUUUCUGUAUAUGUUCACAUAUUUACAGAUCAAACAGUAUACUGGUUUUGAACAAAGGGUAAAUUUUUGUUCAUUGUAUGAUUACAUAAGGCACUUAUGUUCACUUUUUGGCUACUGAAUACAAGGUACAAUAUAAACAGCACAGCACAGCUGAUAUGCAAAUUUAUAUAAUUAGGUUUUUGGACAUACACUUAAAACACUCAACAUUUUCUACAAGAAAGUGACUUAUUAGCAGUGUAUAUGUCCAAUGAGCAUAUUUUUUUUACACGAACUUUAAUUAUCAACACCAUUAUCUUACAUAUUUUGUAAUAGUUGUGUGAUUGACCUGACUUGCAACUAAGAAAAACAUAAUGUCCUACAUAAAUGUAAUUUUUUAAAUUUGGGAUCCAAAACUAAAGUUGUAGACUCGUAUUUACUGUAUGCUCAUUUCAAUCGUACUUCACUAAAGUUAUUCUUGUAUUAACAAUAAGAUUUUUUUCUUUAGUUCCUUUGUGUUCUCAGUGUGAAAUAAAUGUCUAAAAACAUUAUCCAAAAGCUCACUGACAGAAUGUGGAGAUGUUAUUUGCCAUAUCUAUAACAUACACAUUUACAAAAAUUUUUUGUUUUUUAUAGGUGAUAUAUUAUGAUAAAUUGA